UUGACAGCAUGAAGGUCCUGCUUCUUCUGCUGCUGCUCCUGCUGCUGUGUAGCACUCAGGUGCUUACACUCAGCUGCUACACCUGUAAAGAUGAGAAUGACAAAAUCUGCAAGACAGAGAAAAGUUGCCAUCCCGGAGCUCACUACUGCAAAACCUUUGUCAGAGGUGACGACAUUUCUCGAACAUGUGAGGAAUUUUGUGCUGAAGACAUUUUCACAACCUGCUGCCAAACUGACUUGUGCUCGGCCUGAGGCAUCUCUCUGCAUGCCCUUUCACUUCCUGAUUAAAUGCAGUACUACGGACAAAUUAACUUCAUAAAUCUGAAUAUGGUGAAAGAGGAUUUGUUAGUUUAUCAAACUUUAAUUUGACAAUCCUGUACUUGAUUUGUCUUGCUUUUAUCUGAAGAUACUGAUUGAAGUCUAUGACGUCUGACUUGGCAUUUGACUUCAUUGUUUCGCCUCAUUGAUCAUCCCACGGCCUUCUGAAACUGCGCAACACUUGGUCCUCACAGACAUGAUUUUUCUUUAAUGAACCAGUGUACACACAUACGUACACACACACACAUACACGCAUGCACACACACACACA